GAGGCGUAAGGGAUCGUGCAAUGGAGAGGAUGGUGGAGCAGUUGCGCCAGUUGCAGGACAAGGUCGAGGGAGGCUGGAGAAGAGAGCUCGAGGACAUCCUUUCUCGAGGGAGAUUCUCACGGCCCCUUUGCCGAAUAAUUUUAGGGUGACUAACUUGGUAUAUGAUGGGUCAUCUGACCCGUCGAGGCGUGUUAGGACUUUUGAAAAUAUGGAUGUGUUGCAUGGAUAUUCUGAUUCUGAAAAAAGCCCACCGAGGGGAAGGUCGCCGAGGAGAAGUUUGCCUAGACGGAUUGGACCAAAAAGAACAUCGCCUAGAGGAGAGGGGCGAGACUCAAAGCAAGCGAAAAGGGAUGACAGGUGGCAGGGGAGGCCAUUAUUGUUCGAGAGACAGAGGUACCAUAAUUUCACGCCUUUGAGAAAAGAUAUGACAGAAGUGCUCGAGGCGAUGGAGCAGAAGAUGUUGAGCAAGGAUGUGACAUGGCCGAAAAUAAGGUUUACAGGCUCGACUCGGCCUAGGUCAGAUAUCUAUUGUCGUUUUCACCGGGACUAUGGCCAUACCACGGAGAAUUGCAGGCAUUUGAAGGAUGAGAUUGAGAGGUUGAUUCGGGCGGGGCAUUUAAAGGAGUUUGUAUAUCAUGAUAGGGUGAAAAGAAAAGGGAGGAGGAGAUGUCGGGAGGAUUCAGAGGAGAGGAGUGAUAGAGAUGAGGAGGGGGAUGAUAGAGAUGGUCGAGACGGUCAAGGGAAGAAGCCGAGGAGAGAUGGAGAGAAAGGAGGCCAAGGGGGCGAAGCUCUCGUGAAGAGAGAAACGAUCUAUAUGAUCUCAGGAGGGCCAACAGAUGGCGACUCAAAUAAUUCCAGGAAAGAACAUGCCCGAGCCGUGAAAAGGAAGAGAGAUGAGGUGGGGAUUACGGCUCGCAUGCCGGUGAUAAGUUUUAAAGCGGAGGAUGUUGAAGGUGUGGUGUUGCCACACAAUGAUGCCCUGGUGAGUACGGCGGAGGUGCCAGGUUUUGAUAUGAAAAGGGUGUUCAUUGAUACUGGGAGUUCGGUAGAUGUAAUGUUUUAUGAUUGUUUUUCGCAGAUCAACAAGGAGCUGAAUAUAGAGCUGAAACCGGUGGCCACGACGCUUUACGGCUUCAACAGAGGAGAAGUUAUGCCAUGGGCGAG